UUAUAAGCAAACCUGGCAACCCGCAUCCCAUCUGUCACACAUUCUGUCAUUGGACAGGGACUUAACGGAAUUCUUUGAUACUACUAACAUUUUUUUGCGCGCGGUUAUCACAGAGGGAGGUCGUUUUAACAUACGGCAUGGGCUCAGGGGAGAGUACGACCAGGAAAGUGUCUUAUGGCGUGGAUGAUGAGGACAGAGUCAGGAUCCUCCGCGGAGUCAAGCUGUCAGAAGAUGUUCUUCAGAGGAUGAGAGGAGUAGCCAACAUCAGUCAAUCAUCAGGCCUUCAAAAAGACAAAGGGUCUUCUCCUGGUUCUGGUUCUGCCUCCCAGUCCAAGCAGAACCAGCACCGAGCCCAGUCCAGUAAACCAGCCUCGAAUGCUAAAGAAGAGCAGAGAAGGUUUGAACGGCAGCAGGCGAUUCUGAAGGAUGAGUUGGCUAAGAUUGCCCAGAGGGAAAAGCAGCUGGCAAACGAGAAGACCAAAGCCUCCGUCCAGGAAAGACAGCACACCCGGCAGGAGUCUGAGAAGACGAAACAACUGUCUGCAGAAGAAGUGGACAUGAGGGUUCUGCAGCUGCAGAAGAAAGACCUGCAGCUGAAAGCGCUGGAAGCCUUCUACCAGGAGCAGCUGGACCAGCUGGAGAAGAAGAACUUGGAGAGAUAUGAAGAAAGCAAAGAGAAGUUCCAUCAAGCUGCCUCCAUAACAGAAGCCAACAUCAGGUCUUGCAGUACGGCUCCAGUGUGUUCUGGCCUGCAGGCUCAGAUUCUAUCCUGUUACAGAGACAACAGAGACCAGACCCUAAAGUGCUCAGACCUGGCCAAAGAAUACAUGCAAUGUAUAAACGCUGCCAAGAAGACUCCUCAGCGUGUUAUGCAGCAGCGGGUGAACGGGAGCAGCUGAUUGCGUGGCGGUUUAGCCCUAGCGAGUGAUUUUUAAGCGUGGAACCAUGCUGACUUGGGCCCACUUCACUUGGAAGGUCUGCACAGACUGAUCAGUCCAGGAAUGUUUUUGCUUUCUGGUGAAGUCAGAUUCAUCAUGGUUUUUGUUUGCAUGGUUGAUUUUUUAUUUAUUUAUUUUUUUCCACGUUGAGUUUUGCACAAACAUGAAAUUCAAAGAUAAUGAGCACCGAAGGUUUAGUGGAAGAAGGAAGUGGAAGAAUUUAAAUGAGAUUGAUGCAGAAAAUUGUGCUUUUUUUCUGUGAUUGUGGUGUUAAAUCUUUUGAAAAGUAAAAUCUUUUCAAUCACUGGUUUUGUUUUUUCUGUUUGGAUGAUAGGUUUUAAAACUUUCCUUCCAUGAAACUAUUGUAAGAUGUUAAAUGAAAGUCCUAUUCUAUGAUUAUCUUUUGUUUCUUUUCACAUCUCGUCUCAUGUGGAAUUUUUGUUUUUCCUGCUGGAAUUUGUAUCCAGAAUUUCUGACAUGUUGAGUUUGGAUUCUGUUUUUCUUGAACAUUGCUUGACUAAAAAACCCAAUUGUCACUUAUUAACUAUACUUAGCGUAUUGUGGCGACCUGGGGGUUAGCCCCGCCUUCAGCUCCUAAGACUCAUGGAAGUGGGAAAUCUUGGGUGUGUUACAUCGCUCACCAUAAGUGAGGGAGCUGUGGGCAGAAUUGAGAUUCAUGCUGUUUGGUUGUUCAUGUGUUUAAAA